AUGGGUAAGUCGACGCUCGACCCACGCGGGACACAAUACUGCUCAGACCAGACUGUCAUUAAAAGACUGCGUAACCCACUACGCAAGGUCCCAGGACCAUGGUACGCAGGCUGGACAAACCUCCCUCUCAAACUAGCCGUGAUCUCAGGCCGACGAAUCCACCAUGUCCACGCUCUGCACCGGAAGUACGGCCCACUCGUCCGUAUCGCCCCCAACGAGAUCGCGGUCAACGACCUGAAGUCCUUCAAGCAGAUCCACGGCAUCAGUUCCGGGUUCUGCAAGGACAAAUGGUAUGCCUCCAGUGUCAUUUUAGACCGCGAAGGCGUCUUCAAUAUGGUCGAUACUAAGGCACACGCAUCGCGGCGGAGGCUUCUUGCUCGGCCGUUCAGCAAGACUUAUCUGCGGGAGCACUGGGAGGGUGAAGUGCGUGUGAAAGUCUCUUUCGCCAUUUCAGCCAUGAGCAAUGAGCUGCACUCGCGAGGAACGACAGAUGUACUCAAAUGGUGGACACUCAUGGCUUCUGAUAUCUCCAGCCAGCUGAUGUUUGGGGAUUCUUUCCACACUCUGGAACACGAAUACUCUAAAGGGAAGUGGUAUCGCAAACGAGCUCUCAAUAGUUGGGGCCGUCUUCCGCCGUCUUCCCAUCCAAGCUUCCAAGGAGCUUUUGGCAACGAUAUGUGGCUGCUGGACUACGGAAAGGCGGCCGUGCGUAAUAUGAAAGCUGCUGGAGGAGGGAAGAACGUCUUCGCUAAUAUCAUGGCUGAAGCUGAAAAGGGAGAAUCUAUUGAUGAUCUAGAUAUUCAGGUCGAGGCGACAAAUCUGAUCGUUGCGGGGACUGACACGACAGCUAUCACCUUGACGUAUCUGGUCUGGGCGGUCAUGUCCCAUACGCAGGUUCGGCGGCAGCUGGAGGAGGAGGUGCGAGCACUAUCUGAAGACUACAAGGAUGUAGACCUCGAACGUCUUCCAUACUUAAACGCGGUGCUUGAUGAGACUCUGCGGCUGUACGGCGCAGCACCAGGUGCUCUACCACGGGCUGUGCCACCAAGCGGAGCGACCUUGAAUGACUGUUUCCUGCCAGGAGGCACAACAGUAACGACACAAAGCUACAGCCUCCACCGUGAUCCAAACCUCUUUCCCUCACCAGAAAUUCUCAUGCCAGAACGAUGGACGAGCAAAGAUCAGCCAUACAGUAUCUCCGAAAACGGCAGGGCGGCAUAUUCGCCUUUCGGCGCUGGCAGCCGCACCUGUCUGGGUAUUCAUCUGGCGUAUCUCGAGCUCCGAUUGGCAGCAGUGGAAUUCUUCCGGAACGUUUCACACGAGGCAGUUCUUGCGCCGUCGGCCACGGAUGCGUGUAUGGAGCAAGAGAACUUCUUCUUGAUAGCACCGGCAGGGCACAAGUGUGAGAUUGCACUGAAGCAAUAG